AUGAGAAAGAAGGAGGAUAUACGAGGCUUAUACGGCGACACAAACGCCUAUCGUUGCCUCCUCAAGCUAGCCCUCCCUGCUCACCCGCCGUUAGCCAUCUCCUCCCCUGUGAAGCUACCGGCCGGAGACAAGUCGCACCCCACAGCAACACCGGAUACCUUCGACCCCACAGCUAAGGCACUUAGGCACCCAAUCCAAAGAUGA